AUGUUUUCCCACGCUUUUGUCGCCGCUCUCCUGUCGGCUACAGCCACAGCGACUACUUAUCCUAUAAUCAACACCACCUAUGGCCAACUCCGGGGCCAAGCUUCUCCCUAUCGCGACGACGUCACCGAGUACCUGGGUAUCCCUUACGGCGCCUCUACCGGCGGGGACAAUCGCUGGAAGGCGCCCCAAACUACAUCCUGGGAGGGUGUCCUAAACGCCACGGCCUUUGGCAGCAACUGCGCCUCACCUGCGUCGGACUCGGCCAGUGUCUUGGGCAACAUCUACAACACGUCCAGUGAGGACUGUCUCUUCUUGAAUAUCUGGACUCCGAGCGAUACUUCCGCUGGAAAUCUGCCCGUGUACUUCUGGAUUUACGGCGGUCGCUUUGAGGGCGGUGACGGUGCUGUUCCAACCUACAAUGGAGCAGGUUUGGCAAGCAAGGAUAUCAUCGUCGUUACUAUCAACUAUCGCCUUGGCGCUUUUGGCUACCUUGCACACCCUGACCUCUCCGCAGAAUCUGGUCACAAUGCCUCUGGUAACUACGGUCUCCUCGAUCAACAACUGGCCCUGACGUGGGUGUACGAAAACAUCGAGAACUUCGGUGGCAACGCAUCGCAGAUCACUGUGGGAGGUCAGUCUGCAGGAUCCGCGUGUGCUCUGGAUACCAUUUAUAGCCCUCUCUCACGCGAUAUGGUUGCUGGUGUCAUUUCGGAGAGCGGAGCUCGUACGCCCAAGGACCCUCUCAUUGGGAGUCUGGCUUCCAGCUAUCGCACCAAGGCCGCCGCCGAGGCCGACGGAGUCUCCUUUCUCGAAACGAUGAAUGUCUCGUCGAUUGCAGAGCUCCGCAAUGUGUCGACGGAGGACCUCAUCGCCCAGGGCAAUUUGAUGGACACCACUUUCGAUGAUACCAUUUAUGCUAACCUCACCAGCGCAUUCAUGGACCCUCCCCUAUGGCGUCCUGUCAUCGAUGGUUACGUCCUCCCCCUGGGCUACGGUGAGGCGUUGGCCUCGAAUGAUCAUGCCGACGUGCCCGUCCUGACGGGCGGAAACAAGGACGAGUCCGGUGCCUCUACCGCUCCCGGCUUUACCCUCGAGACUUUCAAGUCUGAUUUUGCUGAGGCCUUCCAGAACUUCUCCACCGAGUUCUUUGAAUUGUACCCGGCAGCCAGCGACGACGAUGCCAACAACGCCAACAACGCCUUGUUCGACGACCUGAACCGGCUUAGCGUCUGGCUGUGGGGCCAGGCCUGGACAGCUGGCGGUGCGUCCAGCAAUGUGUAUGGAUACUAUUGGUACCACACCCCCGCAGAGGACCAAGACCAAGGUGCCUACCACGGCUCCGAGCUCUGGUACAACUUCAACAACAUCCCAUAUGCCAGCUACAGCAAUGUCACUUGGAACCAGACAGACUACGAAAUCGAGGCUGUUAUGGCGCAGUACUGGGCCAACUUCAUCAAGACUGGAAACCCCAACGGCGGAAACCUGAGCCAGUGGCCGGCUCUGACUACUGAGACCCAAGAGAUUAUGUGGCUCGGAGACUCUUUCGAAUCCAGCUGGCUUACCGAGGCCAGUAACCGGACCACUUUCCUCGAGUCGUGGCUGGACACUCUGCCCUCGUAUUGA